AUGGCCGCUGAAAUUCUUAUGAACAAAGAGUUGGAGGUGAGGUACGUCCGUUCAGUCGUGCAGCGAAACCGCCGGUGGAUCACGUUUGAUACAUUAUCACAAUUGAAAGGGAGGUAGAUGCUCACCGACUUUUGACACGGACACUUCUGCUAGAGUCUCUUGUCUGAGAUGGCCAUACUUGUUAAUUAAUUUCUCUGAUUUUAUAAAACGUCUUUCGGAAAACUGAUCUCCUCCUGAGGAACAGAUUCUAAUGGCUCUGUUUAACAGGUACAUUGUCCAGUUCCGUUUUCUUCCCUGUGUUGGAUCAAAACUAAGAAAGUGCACGCACCGUCCUUUCCAGGCAACUUUUCGAUAGAAGGGUCGUUGAAAAAGACCGUUUGUCAGCCUACGUACAUGAACGUCUAAGAACGACAGUGUGUCGUUCUUCUCAUGCUCGAUCGUAAAUUUGAUCGUUGCCUGUGCCUAGUUUAUGACCUUGAGUAGUGAGCCCCCGUCCCUUGGGGAGAGAGGGUUAUUCCGUCCCCCGUCCUAUCACUUCCCCCCUUAAGCCACUAACUCCUCCAGUGCUGUGCAGGCUUGAUGUGUCCUCGCUGUAGCCUGAACUCGCCCACCUAGACGACCUCCCUCCCCCCUCACUGUGCCCACCCGUGUGGCAGACCAACAUUCAAUUUUUUGUUUGACUCAUCACGUUUCGUCCCUCUGGACCGAUUUCUAAUUGGACGGUUUACCUCAUUAAUAUGCAAUAGCCGCACGCAUUGAAAUAAGAGUCCGCCAGAUUUUAUGUCCCUGCAUAUUCGUCGUCUUUCCCUUGUUCGGAGAAAACAGCGCUUCAAAGUGAACAUAGUUCUGACCUAGUGCACUUUGAUCUGUAGGCGGGACUAUUGCUGGCGCGAAAACCUGUUAGCAACCAACACGGCUCUAUCUGGGAUACAGGCGAGCGCUGGUGAAGUUUCGCAAUUAGUUCUGCAGGGCUCCUUAUGCAAGCUUCGGUGCAAAAGGCGAGCGAAGGGAAACAGUUUUGUGUGUGUGUGGUUGUGAGCACGAGUGUUGCAGGCCACACAGUGGGGGGAGGGGGGAGGGAGAGAGGCUGUGCCGAGACCCUAGCUGACUCGCCUUGUUCUCAACUCGACACGCACGUCCUCCAGCUCCGUGCCACUGUAACAACAGCAGCAUCGGCAGCAGCAGAAACAACAGUGGACACGCGACGUCGGCACGCACGACAGUGUGCGUCCGCUGCCAAGCCGCGCGACAUGUGUGCGCGCCGACUACGGACGUGCCGACGUCGUCUGCACGCCCUCGCGUCGAGCUCAAAGUCAUUUGGCUCGCACGUGCCCAGCAUCAACUACAUCGGGCCGUCGUUUGGACAUGCGACUGAUGGCCGAAAGACUGUCCGUCAACCAUGAUGACAGAUCGACCGCCGGGCCCGACGAUGUCCGCCGUAUGCUCCACAGUAGGGCGUGAACAGGCGCGGUGACUUGUGCGUGAGUUAGUUUAUAGUGGUAGCAGACUUGCGCAGUGUCUGCCACACGCUCUCCUCCCCCUCCCCCACCUUGGCAAGACAUAAUCAAGAAGACCGGAGGUGGGAGAGAUCGCAGGUGACUGGCGCGGCCGAAGCCGUCCUUAGGCGUGCCGCUACGCCCCCAUCUGGACCUCACGGAUCGGGAGUGCCAUAUAGGCCACAUUAAAAAGGGGUCAUUGUAGCCUGACUCUUAGUACAUCAGUAGGCCAUCCCACGCAAACAAGCAGCACUGGGCCGACUGCGUGGCCCAUAUUAUCCCGUCAGUCGGUACCAUUCAAGCCACGGCUUUUAGCGCCCGUGGUAGCUUCAAGCGCGUCAGGCUGCUUAUAGGAAAAGGAAUACGCUGGGACGUCGACCUCACACUCUAUUCCCCUUCCCAGGCACUAGCCACUGUCCGAGCCGGUCAGGAUAUGCGCAGUUGCUGACAGUUAGUGGGCUGGUCUGCGCGCGCCACACACACGAUUUGACCCCUCCAAAUGCCCACACCAGGAUUUCACACACACACAUGGGACAUGGAACGCACAAAUCGCACAUACAGCAGAUGAAUCAUACGGAGAAAGGAGCCCAAAAGCACACGUCACAUUUACGUGAGAGGCGCGGAGGAUGUGGGAUUUUAGAGGGAUGUGUGCGAUGAGUAUGUGUUGAUUGAGGGAAUGUGUGGUAAUGUCUUCGUAACUGCGGUGAUUGACCGCAGGUUUUCAUGAAGCCCCAAGCGACCUUUAUAAUGACUGAGUGUGUGUGUGUGUCCUCCAAACGGGCCACGUGUUAGAUGCGCUGGACCAACACGGGGGCCACAUCGGACUCUGGCAGGCGUUAUCUGUGCGCAAUAACAAAUGCCAACAUUUGCGGGGUGCGCUGGCGGACCCUGUUGUCGGCAUUCGUAGCUCAACUGGACCACUGCCGCCACCCCAUUGUCUUGUGGUCAAAAUCCUGGUCAUUUGUGUGAGGACCAGGGGGUGCGGAGUGGAGCGCCAAGGCGAGGAUCCGUCCGAGCCAUCCACCUGCGGCCUCCCCCGUCUCCGGUCUUCUUGACUCUGUCUUGACACCGGGUCCAGGUGGGGGAGAAGGAGAGAGUGUAGGUAGAUGCUACGCAAGUCUACCGGCACUAUAAACCCCUGCGUAAGUCACCGUCCCUGCUCCCACAAUGCAGUCUGUGGGGCACACGGUGGUCAUCGUCGAAAUCGACGGACGAACUGUCGUGUGUGUGUGUGUGUGUGGGGUGUAGGGGUGUCCAGCGGUGGGUUCACGUGAUGGUCGUAGUGGUCGCUCACUUGCUUGCAGGUGAGACUACGCCUAGCGUCCACUUGCUGACACAUAACUCUCACCUGUGGCUCCACGUAGCUGGGCUCUGCUUAGCGACCACACCCCGGGCAACCGCCUCGACCGGCGGGCUAAACCAGGUGAGGGUAUCUGUGCGUAAAACUGCUCACACGGUACGGUUGUCUCCUCUGGCCGGAUGGAUCUUCGCGUCGACAUCGUCGAGACGAGGCUCUGCCUAGACCAUCGCAGGAGGCCACCAGGUAAGUGAAUUUGCUUUGUUUCUUCCUUUUGUCUGUUGAAGUUUCGUGUUGUAUGCUGCCCUUGUUGCCUGCCCUCUAUAUGUUAGUCUGUCUGUUAAUAGAUAGAUGAAACUCUCGAUGCCUGCUGCGACUGUCUUUCUGUCAACCUAUGCCUCUCUCUGCUAAUAGCUAAGUGUUACGGUGGUUGACACUUGAAUGGUGCCCUCUCACUUCUGUCUCUGACUGAUGACUGUGUCUGCUUGUCCAUUCUAGUUCUAAAUCCCAUAGCGUUUGGUUGUGUGCAUGCUCCCUUCUACUUCACUCCAUCACAUCACCAUCACCAACAAAGUCCCAGGAUAAUUCGGGUCGUCCUCUCACUAACAAAAAGUCGUGACCCAAAGUGGAGUCCGGCAGCCGUCUCGGAUAACCGGGCAGCCCUGUUCAGGGAUGCGUUGCCUGCACCCGCGAGGGGGAGGCGGCUAGAAAAGGUGCCCUAUAGAUCGCUGGGAGCCACGCUGUCUGUAGGCUGGCCACAGACAAAAAACACACGGUCGAAACAGCCAAAACCGAAACAACAACAACAACAACAACAAUCACUCUCUUCCUCUUCCAGCCUAUCCUUCUUCAUCUCCUACUACUACAUUUCGCCGCCGCAGUCGCCAGACUGGCAGGGUGAGCCCGCCCACUUUGGCAGACUGGAAUGUUUGUUCCCUUUUAGACAAACGAAGGACGGCUCUAUUGGCACGAGAACUGGCGCGCUACAAGGUGGACAUCGCCGCACUCAGCGAGACCCGAUUCUCCGAACAAGGCCAACUGGAGGAAGUGGGUGCCGGCUACACCUUCUGGAGUGGUCGACUCAAGGCAGAGCGACGAGACGCGGGUGUCGCCUUCGCCAUCCGGAACGACAUCGUGGGACGACUGCCAGGUCUGCUGCAGGGCAUCACGAUCGCCUGA